AUGAUCGUGUCCAACCUCAGCCUCAGCACUUGCGCACGGUCUAAGAGCGUGUUGUGCUCCAGUGCCGGGGACGGAUUUUUAGAGGCUACUUCAAAUCGCACCCUCAGCCCGACAGGGCACCUGGUAGUCGCGGUGUGUCUGGGGUUCAUAGGAACUUUUGGAUUCCUUAACAACCUGCUGGUGCUCGUGCUGUUCUGCCGCUACAAACUGCUGCGUUCCCCCAUCAAUCUGCUGCUGAUUAAUAUAUCCUUCAGUGAUCUUCUGGUGUGUGUGUUGGGAACUCCGUUCAGCUUCGCCGCUAGCACUCAAGGACGAUGGCUUAUCGGGGAACGCGGCUGUGUGUGGUACGCUUUCGCCAAUACACUGUUCGGCAUCGUGUCCCUGAUAUCCCUGGCCGUGCUGUCAUACGAGCGCUACAGCACCAUGCUGGGACCCACCGAGGCCGACUCCACCAACUACAGGAAAGUGGCCUUCGGCGUGGCGCUGUCCUGGGUCUACUCCCUGGUCUGGACCAUCCCGCCGCUGUUCGGCUGGAGCAAGUACGGCCCGGAAGGUCCAGGCACCACCUGUUCCGUGAACUGGACGGGCAAAACGACCAACAACAUCUCCUACAUCAUCUGUCUGUUCAUCUUCUGUCUUCUCGUCCCCUUCGUCGUCAUAGUGUUCUGCUACGGGAAGCUGCUGUAUGCAAUAAAACAGGUGAGUGGCGUGAACAGAGCGCUGGGUCGUAAACGUGAGCAGCGCGUCCUGGCCAUGGUCAUUAUCAUGGUGGUGUGCUACCUGGUCUGUUGGCUGCCCUACGGCAUCAUGGCUCUCCUGGCCACCUUUGGUCCUCCAGGCCUGAUAACGCCCGAGGCCAGCAUCGUCCCCUCCGUCCUGGCCAAGACCAGCACGGUCAUCAACCCCGUCAUCUACAUAUUCAUGAACAAGCAGUUCUACCGGUGUUUCCGUGCCAUGCUGAAGUGUGAGACGCCUGAGCGUGGGUCCAGCAUCAGGAGCACUUCCCGCGCGAACAAGCAGAGCAUGAGAGUGCUACGGCGCACCAACGACAACAACUGCACCGCGGGGCCCGCCACCACCGCUCUGCCCAACCAGCUGGAGGGACCGCCUUCCUCGGACGCCAGCAAACUCGCCAAAGUGUCACUGGUGGCACAUUACAAUGAAUGAAUAGCGGCCAGAAAGG